UCCCCAAUGCACCAUGGAAUUUUGGGGAGGGAAUAGUAAUAACACCAAUGAGCAUGUCCAUUGUGGUCAUUUGCUGCCCUUCAGCAGUGAUUGCCAAUUUGCCAUUUUCUUCUCAUCAGGCUCUGUGCUUGUCUUUCAUCAAAUUCACAAUCCAAUUCCAAUUUCCAAACCUUGCAGAAGAAGGUUCUGCAUCAGAUUCAGAUAACCCUCAAUCCAAUUCAAAACCUAUGAAUUUGAAAAUCACAGUGCUAAUUAAGGUAGUGGUGGUUGUAGCAAUUCAGGUGGCUCACCCUCUAUGCUAUAUGCUGCAAAGGGAAACAGUAGCGGCGGUGAUGGCGGUGGCAAAAGUAUCAGCGUUAGGGUUUCUGAGACGAUCUUUCUCUUCUCAGCCGCCGCAGCUUGGAUUCUCAAUGGAGGCCCGCCGUUUGCCACCGCCUUCCACAACCACUCACCUCAAGCAGCCAUUGCUUGCGGCGGUGCUCACACCUUCUGAACAGGCUACUGGAUGGCUAUAAUGUGACAGUGUAUGAAAUUGGUGAUGAGUAUGAUGACUGUUUGAAGACUCGCGGAGUAGGGGGUCACGAAUUGUCCUCCUUCCAUAGACAAUGUAUGCGUUUCCGCUGCUGGUGUCAAUGAUUUUGGACAGCUUGGUAUAUCAGAGAGUAUCACUAUCAAAUCAAUUACUCAGUGGUAUGGUUUCUUCACAUUCUUAAUCUUACCUGCAUUUUUGUUGAGUGAACGUAUCGUGGUCGGAAUAUAUCGUUCUUUUGUCCAUUCUUACUGCGGGUGCUCCGUUCCCAUGGAGGAGAAUCGAAUCGCUAAUCUAAUGGUUAAGGGAUAAGACGAGCAAACACCACGUCAUACCUUGUGGUUAUAUUAUUAUUUUUAUUCAUUGGAAAAGCGUCAUUUUUCUUAUUUGAGAUGUAUAAACCCGACGUGCUUUCUAUAAGACGAGGUAAUUACUGGAAAAUUUUGCUUCCUCGCCGUGCACCACAUAGAUGAGAUUUUUACCCUAGCCUUUACCAUGGGCAUGUCUACCAACCAUUUUCCUUUUUGAUUUUUCUUUGAAAGGCUAAGAAAGGAGAAGAUUUUACCUCAACCGUCAGAUAGCCCAGGCAUAGAAUUCAAACAACAUCCUCAGCCGUCAGAUAGCCCAGGAUCGCUGAGAAUCCAAACAGUAUUAUAACUGGUUAUUUGCAAUUACACAGUAGUCACCUCUGUGUCUCUCUCUAUGUCUCUGCAUGCUGCUUCUUCUCCCGAUUACCAGUCCUUUCCCGGUUCGAUGCUGAAACAACAGGUAACAGUGGAGUUUGCAAAGCAAGUUCUGCAAGCAGUGGUGUCGACUAAGCAAGAGAAGCUUGAGUCAGAGAUAUUAAGAAAGAUCAAGUUCACUCAAACAUGCGUUAGUGAAUUAGAUGGACUCCUUUGUGACACCUAUGUCAGAAUGUGUCCAAAAGAAAUUGAUUCUUUCAACAGGAUCACUUUGCUUCGCAUCUUCAAUUUGGUUGCGGAGGAAUUAUAUGGCAAUAGUCAUGACAUCCCUGUUGUGGAAGGCCAUGGAUCAUUUGUGAUGGAUAUGUUCACCAACGUAAGCGAUCUUGAUUUGUCUAUCAAUUUCCAUGCUAAGCGUGAAAAUUCCCUACAUGAGAAGAUAAAAGCGCUUCUGAGGUUCAGAGAUAAAUUAGACUCACUUGAACGAGAAGGGAGUGUUACCUGUGUACAGUCUACCGUGGUUGCCGAAGUCCCAAUUAUAAAAUUUACUGAGAGGGUAACGGGUAUCGAGUGUAAUUUAUCAGUCAAUAAUUGGGAUGGCAUUAAAAAAUCCAAGAUUAUCUAUGCAAUUUCUGCCAUAGAUGAAAGAUUUCGAAAGCUAUGUUUCCUGAUGAAAUCCUGGGCUAAAGCACAUUAUAUCUACAGUUCCAAAGACGGGAUUCUGAAUUUUUUAUCCAUUAUAUUGUUUGUUGCUUUUCAUUUGCAGACAUGCAAUCCUCCUAUAUUACCUCCAUUCUCUAUUCUACUUAAAGAUGGAGCGGAUGUUAUGUCUGUGACUAAGAUUGUUGAAACUUAUCGCAACUACGGGAAACAGAACAAAGAGUCAUUGGCUAAGCUUUUUAUUACUCUUCUUGUCAAGCUAGCAUCUGUUGAAAGUCUUUGGGAGCAAGGAAUUUGUGCAAGUGUAUAUGAAGGAUCGUGGAUUUUAAAAUAUUGGAAUCAUCAUUACUCAAUGAGGGUUGAGGAUUUCAUGGAUCGGUCCCAAAAUGUUUCUAGAGCGGUUGGAACUGCCAAGGUAGAGACCAUCUACAGAUGCAUACAUAAAUCUAUCAGCUACCUGUCCCAGUUUCUAAAUAACCAGAUCCAAGGAAUUCAAUUGGUGGAUUUUUUGUUUGGGACACAUACUGUUGCUAGUCUUGGAGUUGGAGGUACUAGUUACAUCAGUGGAAAUCACCUUCGUUCUCGAGAAAAUCUUCAUCAGUGGCGUUUGAUGCUGCAAUAUCUUAAAAAAGUUGCACAAAAUGCACGUGCUUCUUUCCCUCCCUCAUGGCAAAGCUCUCAGGGUGGUGUUCAGUCAUUGAAUCAAGAAGCAGUGGCUCCAAAUCCUUGGGGGAGAUCAUUCCCUCAAAGGAAGAGGCCAGACAAACCACCCUCCUCAACAGGGCCACUACCUCCAAGAGAGAAGCCAUGCCAGCAACCGCAACCUUCCUCAACAGGGGCACUACCUCCAAGAGCGAUCCCAUACCAGCCACCUGUGCAUAAUGGUCUAGGGGCAGUUCCUUCUCCUUUCACCUCACAACCCAUAGUUUCUGGUGGUCUUGUUUCAUCACAAAGCUCUCGGGGUGGUGUUCAGUCAUUGAAUCAAGAAGCAGUGGCUCCAAUACCUCGGGGCAGAUCAUUCCCUCAAAGGAAGAGGCCAGACCACCCACCUCCCUCAGAAGGGCCACUGCCUCCAAAGAAGAGGCCAGACCACCGCAUAAUGCAUGAUGGCUCUAGUCAUAAAUAAAAAAAUUGGCCAGUGAUUGAAAAGCCAUGUUACUACCAAACGUCUGAGGUGGCAACUGGUUCUAUUAUUAGUUCAAAUUAUUAAAUCUUGAAUUAUCAUUUUUUAGUUGACUUGAUUGCUUUUGAGUUCGUUAUUACUGUUCACAUAUUUUAGGUCAAAUAUAUUUUUGGUUUGUGUUGAACGCUCAUUUAAGACGUGGUUAUUAUAUAAAACAGUUCUUCAA